GGGAGGAGCGCAGUCGAGAGGCAAAACCACCUCCGUGCGUCAGUAUGCGUUUAUAGCAAGCAUGGCAGGCGACAGCGAGACAAGACUGGACAGUCAAGUCGAAAACGUUACACGGCAACCUUUCCUCAUCGGGGUAGCAGGAGGGACUGCCAGCGGCAAGAGUUCUGUCUGCGGUAAGAUCAUGGAGCUGCUUGGCCAGAACAAGAUUGACCAUCACCAGCGCCAGGUGGCCAUUCUCAGCCAAGACAGCUUCUAUAGGGUCCUUACUCCGGACCAGAAGGCCAAGGCACUGAAGGGACAGUUCAACUUCGACCACCCAGAUGCAUUUGACAACGAGCUCAUCGUGAAAACAUUGUGGGACAUCUUGGAGGGCAAAACUGUGCAAAUCCCAGUGUAUGACUUUGUCACCCAUUCCAGGAAGGAGGAGGUGGUGAUGGUGUACCCAGCAGACGUGGUGCUGUUCGAGGGCAUCUUGAUGUUCUACUCUCAGGAGAUCAGGGACCUGUUCCAGAUGAAGCUGUUUGUGGACACAGACGCAGACACACGGCUCUCACGCAGAGUGCUCAGAGACAUCGGCGAGCGAGGUAGGGAUCUGGAGCAGGUGCUAACGCAAUACAUCACCUUUGUUAAGCCUGCCUUUGAGGAGUUCUGUCUGCCAACCAAGAAGUGCGCUGAUGUGAUCAUUCCCAGAGGAGCAGAUAAUCUUGUUGCCAUAAACCUUAUAGUUCAGCACAUCCAGGACAUUCUGAACGGUGGUCUGACCAAACGCCUGAAUAGCAGCCUUAAUGGUUACGGUACUCCCCGUAAACGGCAGGUGUCUGAGUCUAGCAGUCGGCCCCACUGACUGCACCGUCCCUCUCUCAGCGCAAGGGAUCGAUGGUAGAGGAGAGGGCUCACCUGUACAUACCUACCUACUGCCUGUCCGCAACACUGUAUUUAAAAACCAGAAUGAUUUAUUUCUAUAGCAAGAAGCUGCAAGACCUUCAUUUGAUAUAGUUUUUUUUGUACUGGAGGAUGACAUUUUUGAAAAGGGAGGAAGAGGAUUAGCUGUUUGUUUUGGAACUGUUUCAGGUCAAAGGUGCAGCAGUUCUUUUAUUUAUUUAUCUAUUUUUAUGAUUUCUUCUGGAUUAAAUUUGAGUUUACAGAUGUGAAUAAAUAAGGAGGAAGAUGGUUCAUCUGGGUUGAGCUUGAGACGUUGGUGUGCGUUCAGUGGUCAGUGCAUUUUUGAUUGGUCAUGUCUGUCUUUACUGUUGUUGUAUUGGAAUGGAAGGGAGGACGCGUGACAGAUUUGAUAUGUUAGAGGGAACUAUCUCACACACACACACUAUUACUUUGGAAACUAUCCAAGAACCAAGAUGCAAAACUAAAUACAGGACAUGUGCCUGCCAUACAUAGUACUGAGCCUGCUCUAUGUAUAGAUGGAGAUCUUUUCACUUGUCAAGGUACUGUAGUCCCUCGUUACACAUUCUGACGCACCAUAGAGAGACUCCGUAAGAGGUGAAGUGUUAGUAACUGCUAUUUGCUACAAGCAUGCUCUUAUUGAGUUAAAGGGAACAUUUUCUCAGGCCCUACACAGAUUAUCUGCCUUUGCUGACCAAUCCAGUGGGUCAAUGCAACUUCGUUGUCUCAAUCUAAAAAGAAUACUGAACUACUUGACUUUACAAAUCAAAAUGUUGUUCUUAGUUUAUACAUAAUGUAUUUCUUAUUAUUUACUCUAUUGAUGUUGCUCUUUUUCAAUCAUUUGAGUUUCACAGUAUUUCACAGUAUUCAUCUUGAACAAACAACCUGAAUUUGAGAACAUCAAAACUGAGACUGUCUUUUUCGUUUAAUCAAUCUUUACCUCGGCCAGUUUUGUGUAUGGGGACCCCACCCAAAAAAUGAAGUGUUCUGUACUUGUGCCCAUGGCCCCUCUUUUAAAGCCCUAGACAGGGGAGUUUGUAAAGCCCCCAUGUCUAUUGAAUUCUUUGUGGUUCCAACUCAACUUUUUUUCAUUAAUAAAAGCUAAUGCUCUUGAAGGAUGA